AUGUCAGCCUGGAAGAACGAUAUGUUUGAUGAAGUCAUCGAUGAGGCAGAAAUGGAAGAGAUUAACAGACCUUUCGAUAUUUAUGCAGACCACGAUCUCACCCUUCGCAACGACACAGAUAGGGUAAUAAUUGAUAAUCCAUGGACUAGAGCUCAGUUCGGACGUGGCUCGCGCAUAAUAAGUAGAGUCGCUUUCCCACUCACGUUUAGCACGGCUGACAUGUCGUUGUCUUUAAUAGAAGUUAUAGUCAAGUCUGACGUAAUGGAUGAGGGCGAAGAUGCUGAUAACAAACACUUGAAGAAUUGGAAUGGAACUGAUCAUAUCGAAUCAUUCACUACCAAUAAGGAUGAUCUCGUCGAAACUAAACUCUGUCCACUUCGAACAGCAAAAGCGAAGCAGCUGACCAUUCAGCAAUCAUUCGCCCGCCAGCUUCCGAAGCAUGAAAAACCUAAAGACUCAAUCAGACUCUGGAUAGACGACAAGCCGGCGAUAGAAGAGGUCGUAUUCAAGAAACCAACAUUACCCAACGCCAAAUCCCAAACUAAAAGGUCUGACGCUAAGAAUAUGCUGCAACUCACUAAUACAUCACCUGUGCCAAACAAAAGGCGCAAAUUAAACCCUAUCUGGACAACAUUUAUCAAGACACCCAAGAUUGAGGCUGUCAAGACUGCCAAGCCGUUCAAUUCAUCACCAUACAAAUGGGUCAAGCCUUCUGAUUCAGUGGUCGUGACUGCAGAUAAGAAGAUGACGAUGUUUGAGCCGACUAACCUUAAGCUGCACAAGAAGGAGGUUGAUAAUGCUGGUGGUACGACAAGUGCGUGGUGCAACGCUUCAUUUAUAGAUGAUAAUGCGUAG